GUUUUCCCAGCACCACAUGUGUCAACAAAUCUUACAGGAUUGCAUUCUUCUCUUACAUCAUUUAUGCAUUAAUAGGCAAGAAGUCUCACCUGUGAUGCUGGGUCCAGCUUACAAUCACACAAUGGAAACCCCUGCCUCCUUCCUCCUUGUGGGUAUUCCAGGACUGCAAUCUUCACAUCUUUGGCUGGCCAUCUCACUGAGUGCCAUGUACAUCAUAGCCCUGUUAGGAAACACCCUCAUCGUGACUGCAAUCUGGAUGGAUUCCACUCUGCAUGAGCCCAUGUAUUGCUUUCUGUGUGUUCUGGCAGCUGUGGACACUGUUAUGGCCUCCUCGGUGGUACCCAAGAUGGUGAGCAUCUUCUGCUCAGGAGACAGCUCCAUCAGCUUUAAUGCUUGUUUCACUCAGAUGUUUUUUGUCCACUUAGCCACAGCUGUGGAGAUGGGGCUGCUGCUGACCAUGGCUUUUGACCGCUAUGUAGCCAUCUGCAAGCCUCUACACUACAAGAUAAUUCUCACACCUCAAAUGAUGCUGGGAAUGAAUAUGACCAUCACCAUUAGAGCCAUCAUAGCCAUAACUCCACUGAGUUGGAUGGUGAGUCAUCUACCUUUCUGUGGCUCCAAUGUGGUUGUCCACUCCUACUGUGAGCACAUAGCUUUGGCCAGGUUAGCAUGUGCUGACCCCAUGCCCAGCAGUCUCUACAGUCUGAUUGGUUCCUCUAUUAUGGUGGGCUCUGAUGUGGCCUUCAUUGCUGCCUCCUAUAUCUUAAUUCUCAGGGCAGUAUUUGUUCUCUCCUCAAAGACUGCUCAGUUGAAAGCAUUAAGCACAUGUGGCUCCCAUGUGGGGGUUAUGGCUUUGUACUAUCUACCUGGGAUGGCAUCCAUCUAUGCGGCCUGGUUGGGGCAGGAUGUAGUGCCCUUGCACACCCAAGUGCUGCUAGCUGACCUGUAUGUGAUCAUCCCAGCCACCUUAAAUCCCAUCAUCUAUGGCAUGAGGACCAAACAAUUGCGGGAGAGAAUAUGGAGUUAUCUGAUGCACGUCCUCUUUGACCAUUCCAACCUGGGUUCAUGAACACAAUAUCUGUUCAGAUCCAGCCAACUUCAAA